CUCCAAGUCCGAGCUUCGUUUUAAACCUGAAGUGGCUCAAGUGGGGAGGUGCGUGCGCGCCCUCGGAAGACGCAUCCCAAAUACAUACAAAUUAAACUACUUUGUGAAAAAGGAGAGAAAGGGAUCUAAGAUUUUAAGUUUGAUCGAGGAUGGGGAUGAGAAUCAACGCCGUUCUCCUUCUUGCUACACUCUGUUUUACAAGCAGCAGAGCAGAGAGUGCUGAGGAGCGGCUGGUUAAUUUCUUGUUAGGUCCUGAACGCUACAACAAACUGAUCCGACCGGCUGUCAAUAAGAGUCAACAGGUCACCAUCUCUAUUCGAGUGUCACUGUCUCAGCUCAUCAGUGUGAAUGAGCGAGAGCAAAUAAUGACGACCAACUUGUGGCUGUCUCAGGAGUGGAAUGACUAUAGGCUGAGAUGGGACCCAGAAAAAUUUGAAGGCAUAAAGAAACUUCGAAUACCCUCCAAACUCCUCUGGCUUCCUGACAUUGUGCUGUACAACAAUGCGGAUGGUGUGUAUGAAGUGUCCUUCUAUUGCAACACUGUGGUCUCCAACACGGGGGACAUUGUUUGGCUCCCCCCGGCCAUCUACAAAUCAGCCUGCGCCAUUGAAGUGCAGAACUUUCCCUUUGACCAGCAGAACUGCACCCUCAAGUUUCGCUCCUGGACGUACGAUCACACAGAAGUUGACCUGAUUCUCACUAGUGACUUCGCCAGCCGCGAUGACUUCAAACCCAGUGGAGAGUGGGAUAUCGUCUCACUCCCAGGACGGAAAAAUGAGGACCCGAAUGACAUCACUUACCUUGACAUUACCUAUGAUUUUGUUAUCAAGAGGAAGCCGUUGUUUUAUACCAUUAAUAUGAUCAUCCCUUGUAUUCUGAUCACCUCUCUGGCUAUUCUUGUGUUUUACCUGCCAUCAGACUGUGGCGAGAAGAUGACCUUGUGCAUCUCAGUGCUGCUGGCACUCACUGUGUUCCUGUUACUUAUUUCAAAGAUAGUACCGCCCACCUCCCUUGCAGUACCUCUCAUUGGUAAAUACCUGAUGUUCACCAUGGUGCUAGUCACGUUCUCCAUUGUGACCUCCGUGUGUGUUCUGAACGUCCAUCACCGCUCACCGUCCACUCACCAUAUGCCUGAAUGGGUGAAUCGCCUCUUUCUAGUACAACUUCCUACUUUGCUUCUUAUGAGGCGUCCAGGUGCAAAUAAAGUCCGUGACAAGCUCAGGCGGAAGUAUCGUGACCGCAGCGCGGCCAGAAAAAGUCCUUCUCAGACUGCAACUGAUAGACAUCGUUUCUCAAAUAUAAGACUUGGUGGGAUUCAAGAAAAUUCUGACUCAUUCUAUGUGAAUGCGGAUUGGGCCCACAAGUAUUGUUGGAGGGUGUCAGACAUUCCGGAUGCAAGUGGUGGAUGUUCAGACACCCCAAGGCCUUUGCGCUCUCAAUGGGAUGCCGACCUUGAGGAGGCAGUGGAAGGUGUGAAAUACAUCGCUGAGCACAUGAAGACAGAAGAGGAUGAUGAAGGAAUAAUAGAGGACUGGAAGUAUGUAGCCAUGGUGAUAGACCGUUUGUUUUUGUGGAUCUUCAUCCUGGUGUGUGUGAUAGGAACACUCGGGCUCUUCAUGCAACCUCUGUUCCAAAGCUACAACACACCAACUGCUGAUAAUGCUGAGUAUGGAGAUUUCUAGGAUGCAAGAAUAAAAUUGUCUCUCAUUGACCAGAGUUGGCACACUAUACCUACUACAUAUAUCCUAUACCUAUAUACACUCUACUUUUCUGAUCUGCUAUGUUGGUGGAAAUUACACUUUAAACUCUGUUGUGCAGUGGCAGCUGGAUGAGUUUUCUCUUCCAGCGAUAUGGACAGAUUUGUAUGUACGGUACAUAUGUACAUUCUUUUAAUUAUAUGUCAUAUGUAUGACAAAUGUGAAAAUAAGUCAUAGUUUCUAUAUUGAAAGCUUCAAGGUAGAAACAAUGACAAGGAAACUCUUUUGGCCUACCUUUUAAUUUGACUAGACUGCACUUCCACUGCUCUACCACCUUUGUUCUACUUUUUAACACAAUGUAAUCGUAGUCUUUUGAAAUAGAUGGUUAACUUUCAUAAUGUAGAGACUAAAUGUUAACUACAGCAGUGGUAACUUUCCCAUUUUUAGUUCAUUCCUACUAUGAAAUUAGGUUUACCAAACACAAAUGAUUUAACGAGGUGUAUGUUUUUGCUGUGGCACUACUGGCACAAAAAAAUGUAUGUAUGAAUUUAUAUUCUAUCUGUUGUUCCAUUACCAGGCCUUGAAAUACAAGAUUAAAAAGAGGCAUAAAUUGUAA